ACACGAACCUGCCUAUGUACUCAGAACACCGUUUCCCAUAUCCCGAUCCGGACAGUAUCCGCCACUUCCACACCCUGCACAGUUUUUUACCUCACCUGCAACCGGAACGUAAGCUCGGCGCUCUCGACGGCCCGACCAUUGAUAUCGUCGAACAACACUCAGGUACUAUCUAUAUACAAAACGUACCCAAGAAAAUGCUCGUGCUCUUCCUCGGCCGCCAAACAGUCAACAAAUUCCUCCGGACCAUCGAGCGUGUGGAUAACGUGAACUGGCGAGGCGGUCCCACACGUCAGGAAUUACGUUUACCACGUGGUUGUGCUAGUAGCAGCGCCCUAGAAAUCCUGAUCGUAUGGAUGAGGCGGGCGUGCCAGCACCAGACGAUGGGCGAUAUGAAGCAGUUCCUUGUGCCAGUCAAUCUCUUUGCAGCAUGUUCGCUUGGAAGUACACUGGAAUUGUUCGGUUUGCGCAAAGAUGCGUUGCGCGUGGAGAUGUUUAUCGGGAAGAACCACUUCCAACGUCCGAUCUUCGCAGUCGAGAUGAAAGCUUUGUGGAGUUGUCUUGGCGAGACGAGCAGGUACACAUAUGGAGCUAUCAAAGUGCUGGGUCAGCGAUUCCGGGCAUAUGAGAAUGGGACAGAGAAAAAGCUGUUGCGUGAUUUCGAUCAGAUCCUCGAGUUGCUGGAGGCGUUUCCCCUGCUUGGGGCUCGUGUGCGUGAUGGAUGCUUGAAUGAAAGAUAUGCACCGACGUUUGGUACGAAAUGGUUCAGCAAGAUUUCAGACGGUGUGUAGUUCAUAGAGUUUCGGGUCA